AGUUGCAGAUUAAUACCUAACUUACAUUGUUCAAAACCUCGCGUACUUUUACCGCGUCCAAUAUGAAUCCAAUCUACAAGAAAUGUCUUUUUCGAAUGUUUUUAUUCUUUGGUUACGGAUUAAUUGGAAGCUGGUUAUUCAACUUGAUAGAAGAGAGAGAAGAAGCCUACGCUGACAUUGCUAACAGGUUGCUGGAUGAGUUGAAAGAAGAGAUGAAAAACAAAUACAAGAUGACCAACUCUACAGAUUUCGACAAAUUUGUGGAGAAAGCAAAUAAAGCAAGUCAGUUGAUGAGCAAAAUGGACUGGACGUUCUUGAAUGGAUGUGGAUUUACAUUUGCCGCUAUCACUACUAUUGGGUAUGGUGACAUUUCUCCACGAACACCUCUUGGCCAGGGACUUUCCAUACCAUUCUGCCUUGUUGGUAUAACAAUAACGAUGCUCGCUUUCAAAACAGCAGGAGAAGUCGUACUCAUAGGACUCAAAACGAUAACAGUUUUAUUUGAAAAGAAGAUUCUUCGACGGGAAUACGCCAAACGUAAACUUUUGAAAUGUCUCUUUGUUAUUAUCUUCUGGAUGACUUUUUUGAUUUGUCUCCUAGCAAUGGCCGAAACAUAUAUCGAUGGCUGGACCUUCUUGGAAGGUUUUUACUGUUGGUUCAUUACUUUUACGACGAUAGGAUUCGGUGACUACAUACCCUUUAGAGAUUACCGACUUGAAAAGAAGGGCGAGUCAAAAUGGAUUCUAGUAGCAACAGGAUUGGUAUUCACGAUUCCCUUUGUGACUGGGCUUUGCCUGGUAUCUAGUUUCUUAAACUUGCUUGUUGACAGCUCCGAUAAAAUCAAGGUGCAUUUUCACAAAGUCACCUCCUUUGCCGUGUGUAGUAGCAAUUGCAGCAACACAAAUGAAGCCAGUCUUAGCUCAAAAGAAGUUUCUAGUAAUGACAUUAAUUUAAAGCCUAUUAGUUGUAGGAGGUGCAGUGUUUAGAAAAAAAGUGUGUUUUUUUAUGUAUAUUUAAAAUGAUGUUGGCACAAGUUUCGAACGUACCUUUUCCAGGAAGAAGAGCGUUUAAAUAGACAUCGGAAACAAUAUAUUUUAUUCUAUAAAAAAAUUUCACUCCGAGAAAAGACGAAAAAACUUACUGACGUUUCGGACGCUAGUCCUUCGUCGGAGUAAAAGAGAAAAAGGUGGUAGAAAGGAGUGUCUGUAUACUAAGAAGGCUGGUCUUUACAUGGGAUCUUGUCCUGUUGACCAUGCCCUCAACUAGAUAUAUAUAAAUAUGUUGUAAAGUUAUUAAAUAAAUAAAAAAAUGAAAAUAAAAAAGAACAAGACAAAAGAAA